GAUAGAAAAAAGGGAUCAGAUAGAGAAGAAAAAGAGAACUUGCUCUCUUCCUCCGAGCCUGCGAGGAGAAAAUAGGGUCGCAAGCUUCGUCAGAGUUCAGAUCUUAAGACCGCUACCUGGCUGAUUGAAUCUCGAUCGGAGGAAUCAGUAGUCGAUGACUUUCAUUUUGUCACCAACCAGCAACUGUUAGUCUUUGAGCAGCGAAGGAGGUCCUAUACAUCAGCGCCCUGGACAAGCAACAAAUAUCACCAACGUAGUAGUUGAUUUCAAAGGUGGUAGUGCCCGGUGACGCAUCUGAAAGUACAGGUCAAGAAUUAAGAGAAAUGUAUAGAGAUUCAAAUGAAAAUCCUAGUCAGUUAGAAUGUGGAGAUGAAAGGCAUUCUGGGAGAUCAAGGAAAAGGGUAUCUGCUUUGAGAUCACCAAUAACCAGCAAUAGAGUAUUGUGCUCAAAAACACAAGAAAAGCCUAAAUCUCCAGAAACAACAAAUGCUUCAGCAGCUGAUAAUUCCAACAAAGAAAAGAACAGAAAAACGAGAAAAAGAAAGCGGAGGAAACAGAUCACUGCAAAUGAAUCAUUGGGGAUGAAAUCCCGACUAAGUAUUUACUGAGGCGAAUACAAUAUAAACAGAGCAUAAUUGAUGCUUACUCUGGUGAAGGCUGGAAAGGUCAAAGCUUAAAAAAAAUAAAACCUGAGAAGGAGCUUCAACGUGCAAAAUCUGGGAUUUUUCAAUACAAGCUGAAAGUUAGAGAGUUAUUUUCACGCAUAGACACAUCACUUUCUCAGGGGCAGUUCCCAGAAUCAUUGUUUGACUCAGAGGGGCGGAUUUAUAGUGAAGAUGUAGGUGAUAGUAUCCAGGAAGCACAGAUGCGGCAAAAUACAGGCGCACAAAGCACCGUUCCGGUUCGGGUGCGGCGGUGCGCGAUGGGUGCGGUGGGGUGGUUUUGUAGUUUUUUCUUUUUCACAGAUUGCACUGGAGACGAAUCGGAACCGCCAUGGAUAGGAAGUAUUUGGCAAUGGCCUAUUGCAGAGUCGCGGCACGGAAACAAAAAGAAGAAGAAGGGCCGUGCCGGGUUGGAUCUGCACUUCGACCCGCUCCUCAAAAUUGUUUGAUUUUGUCUUUUUUAGCGUAUUAGG